AUGCCAAAGAGACGACUAUCACGUCUCCUCAAGUCGAAGCUGCUGCGGCGAUCGUCAAUACCCGCGGUACCAAAUCCGGGCAACGGGGCGGACCCGCGUGUCCACCCAAAUUCAACCUCUGGUAUCUCUGAAACUCAUCAUCUCUUUGACUCCGCGAGCGAAAAAUCUCCAUACAGUGUCGGAUCCUCAGCGGCCCAGUCCACCGACGACACCGCCUCGGUUCCCGACGCGCACGAGCAACACAGUCACAAGUCACGCCGCCGGACCAAGCCCAGUAAUCCAUCCCCGCUACAGUCGGAACACCAGCUCCAUCGCUAUCCCUCAUCAGACCUUCCACCUAGCAUUCCUACGGCGACAGAUCCGAAAUCCUCAUUACCGCCUACCCCUCUCUCCGACGAGCUCUCCUCCCCCCUCGAAAGCCCGAUCGCCACUCCGCAGCAUUCUGACGACGCCUCCCUUCAGGCUGCGCCGCAAGUGAAAUUUCGCACGUCAAAUUUAGCCGAGUAUCAAUUGGAUCCAACUCUCGAUACCGUUGUUGAGACCCUUCCAGAAGAUCACCGGCCAUCUUCUUCAUCUUUUCCCCCUACCCCUGCCAGCAAGCGACCCAGUCUCGCCAUCCGCAGACAGUCUCUUCUCCCCACGUCACAUCAGCACUUGAUAAGUGGACUGCUGGAGCAGAGCCUCUUCUUUCCCUCACAAGGUGACCCGGGCAGCAGUCGCACGCCUAUAGCUGCUGCCAAUAUGGUCCAUCGUCGAAUCUGGGUGAAACGGCCGGGUGGCUCCGCCACAUUAGUGCCUUGCUUGGAAGAUGCGGUGGUGGAUGAACUGCGUGACCAAGUCAUCAAUAAAUAUGGCAACUCGUUAGGCAGGACAUUUGAUUCCCCGGAUAUUGUGAUAAGGAUUGUGGCACGCGAAAGCGCGAAUCGACUCACAACGCCAGAAAGGCUUUUGAGUCCAGAGGAGUCCUUAUCAAGUGUCCUCGACUCGUAUUACCCCGGAGGUCAAACAAUUCAAGAGGCGUUGCUUAUCGAGGCACCCACGCGCCGGACCCCAAAGCCAUCUCCACGACAUACUGGCUAUCAUCAUCACCACCCUUCCGAGCCUGGCGAGCAUGGCGAAUAUUUUCCCCCUCAUGCCUGCCAAUGCAAAGGUCCCGACCCCGCCUACGCAUGCGUCUAG